GCAUGGUCAUUCUUCAACAAAGAAGAAAAAGAUAUGGAAAAAAGCAAGUUUCUAACAAGUCUAGUUCUAAUACUUCUGUUGUCAUAUGUAAAUGCAACAACAUCAGGCCCUAAAUGGCCUAAAGCUCGCAAGCACUUCGUGCUUAUUCAUGGGGCUGGCCAUGGAGCCUGGGCUUGGUACAAGAUAAUAGCACUGAUAAAAAAUUCAGGGCAUAACGUAACAGCUCUGGACUUGGGUGCUUCAGGGGUCAACCCAAAACAGGUCCUUGAAAUUCCACAUUUAUCGGAUUACUUUAAUCCGCUAAUGGAGUUCAUGAAUUCUCUUCCAGCAGAUGAAAAAGUGAUUCUUGUUGGUAGUAGUAUUGGUGGAUUUGCCAUUGCUAAAGCUAUGGAAAUCUUUCCUGAGAAGAUUUCAGUUGCUGUAUUUGUCGCUGCUCUCAUGCCUGGUCUAAUUCUCGAUGCAGCCACCAUCUUUAAUGAGUCAUCCAGCGUAGCAUUUAUACUUGAUAAUCGUGUUACAUUCGAUAAUGGACCUACCAAUCCUCCAACAACCAUCAGCUUUGGUCCGAAGUUCUUGGCGAGUUAUGAUUAUCCACUGAGCCCAAUUCAAGACUGGGCACUGGCUACGACACUAGUAAGGCCAUUGUAUUUUUACAGUUUGGAUGACAUAUCAAAGGAGAUGGCUCUUUCAAGCAACAAGUAUGGAUCAGUUAGGCGAGUGUAUAUUGUGGCAGCUGAAGAUAAAGUUCUAUCGAAGGAAUUUCAACAGUUAAUGAUUGAAAAGAAUCCACCAGAUCAGGUGGAAGAGAUUUCUGGAUCUGAUCACGUGCCCAUGAUGUCUAAGCCCGGUCAACUAUUUACUCUUCUUAUGCGUAUUGCCAACAAAUGACUAGCUAUCUUAUUAUCUUAAUCCAGUUCGUAUUACAUACUAGUGGGUAUGUCCGCGCUUCGCACGGUUUAAUAUAAUACUACUUCUUUUUUAUGAA